GUUCUCUCUGUUGAUAGACGGACGACGAUGAGACUGAAAAGAUGCGCCGAGCUACGAAAUGCCUGUACUCCAAACUAUUGGAGACUGAGCGCACUCAGGAGCGCGAGAGGAAAACUUUGGAGGAUCAAAUCGGGGAGCACAGGAGGCAGCUGGGAGAGGCCAGGGAAUCACUUCAGCGGUCGGAGGAGAGAGUCGCUGAGCGUGACCGAAAGAUCGAGGAACUUCAGAGGCUGACGAGUGGAAUGGAAAAGGAGCAUCAAGUCCUGGCAGGGAGGAUAAGCGAGAAUGAACACCAGUUGGAAGAGAUGAGGGCACAGAAUCGCACUGGCAGGGCUGACCAGCACAGGGUACUACAGCUGGAGAAAGAGACGGAGAACCUGAGGGAGAAGAUCAGCCACCUCAAUGACAUGCUGAAGAGCCAGCAGAGGAAAGUGAGGCAAAUGAUCGAGCAAAUGCAGAGCUCCCGGAAUCAGCUUGAGGAGAAGGACUUGCUGAUUCAGGAACUGCACGAGCGUGUGGAGCACCUGGAGUCUGAGAACCGAGCGAUGCAAGACCGUCUGGAGUACAUGACCUGUCAUGAGGUUAAAACCCAGGGCGUCUCCCCCACCUCUGAGCAGCCUAAUGGCCGUGGGUCCACAGACACCCAGAUUACCCCCAGUGCGAGACUUCCCCUGGGUUGCAAAAAACCCAAGGCCUUGGUGCGAGUGCUUGAAACGUCGUGAUGGUGCCUCACAGUUACUGACGUCAGAGGAAAAUUGCAGGAAAACAUUCCCCCUCUUUGGAAA